AUGAAAAUUAAAGUAAAAUGUUCAUUAGUCAAGGUAGAAAAUCCCAUUCCACUCGUUGCACGAAACUCCCCCCAAUUAGAAAAAUCUGAAUCCAGUUACCAGUUACAAAUGAUCUUAAUGCUAAUCCCAAUGCUAAUCGUGGAAGAGGAAAUUGUUCCAGGUAUAAUUGUCGAGGGAUAUGUUGAGGAUUUGUAAUUACUGAAAAAUUUAUUAAAAUUCUUAUGCUUUCCAUUUUGAACUAAAUUGAAAAUGAAUAAAAUUAUGUUAGAAAAUAUU